AGUCGGAUUUGUAACCCGAAGGUUGUGGGCUCGAGUCUCAGGUCCGGCAGGGAUUGUAGGUGGGGGGAGUGAAUGACCAGCGCUCUCUUCCACCCUCAAUAAAACGAUUGAGGUGAGACCCUUGAGCAAGGCACCGAAUCCAGACCUGCUCCCCGGGCGCCGCAGCAAAAAAGGCUGCCCACUGCUCCGUGUGUGUGUUCACGGUGUGUGUGUGUGCACUUGGAUGGGUUAAAUGCAGAGCACAAAUUUCGAGUAGGGGUCACCAUACUUGGCCACACUUCACUUCUCUUUCCUGGUAUACAGCAGCAACUACUGACACACUCCAUUAACCUGACUGUACUGACAUCAGAUAACAAAGAAGAUUAGCCUCUGAGGGGCUUUACAGAUGUAUUGAUUUUUCAAUUUUUCUCUUUCUUCUUCCUCAAUUUUUUGGGUGUGACAAUAUGCUAACAACAAACUGAUUUCAUUAGAAUGAUCUAUGUGCACACAGGCGGGUAUUACCAAGAAGAAGCCCUCCUCCAGUAUUUAAAGGUUCUGACUCCUAAUGUUAAGAGAAACAAUUUUCACGGCACUGUGGAACAUCACUAUGGGAGAAAAGCAGAAAGAAAUCAAAUUCAGGCAGGCAUGGGACGCAUGCAGGGAAGUUCCAAUUAUUCAAGAUGAACAAAAAACCCCAAAAAGGAUCAGGUUUAUGAAAUGGUUCUGCUGUAGCAUGGUUGGUGCACUGGUCUUUGCUCUUACAGUACUGAGUAAGUCAUCAUUUCUGAUUUUGGUAACACUUGGAAGCAAUGUGAGUGUGAGUUUGCCUGAAGGACAAAAAGCGAGCGCUCUGCUGAGUAUCGGCUGUGUGUUGGUUGGACCAAAUAUUCUGCUUCUGCUCAAGAGUCUGUGGAAGUUCAUUUUCAAAAGUGCAAUAAAACCAUCCAAGAAAACGGUCAUGUGGGUGUUGUUUGUUGAGCUUUUGGUGUCACUUGGAGAAGUGGUUGUGACAGUGGUGGCCAUGCCAUAUUUUGACAUUGUCACUAAUGUGAUGAUCUUGAACAGUGUGAGCAUUCUGUCAGCAGUGUUCCAGGUAGUUGAUCAAUGUCGUGCAAGAUAUAAAGGGGAAAGUGAUUCAUACCAACCAAUGUCCUGCAAAGUGGAAUGUGGAAAGUGGUUCAGACCAGUUAUUUCCGUCAUCUUCAUUAUUCUGGGCUACGUCCUCUUCAUAAUAAGCUACUUAGCAAUAGAAGAAAGCCCCUUUCAAGUAAAAAGAUCUGUGUACCUGGCCAUUGUAGGAACCAUUUUUGUUUCAUUGAACUGGUGGGAGAACUACAGCAGUCUGUUUCCAUUUUUGGAAGACAUCUCCAAAGACAUAGCCAGUUCCCAGAAUGUGGUUUGCAUUCUGUCCAGUGUGGUGAAAGUUGUGGUCACUACGGCUGUGGUUGGAGGUAGUGUUCCUUUGUCAGAAUGGAGGUCCCUAAGCUUGAUCCCUAUAAGCGUGAGCAAGACUGUCUUUGGUUUGAUGGCAAUCCAGAUUGCUUCUUCUGCAAUGUGCCGCUGGUUUGUAGUGGUGGCUUGCAAGAUGCAUGCCCUGCGUCGCUGUUUUGUUCUGCCCAUGUACUUGUCUUCUGUGGCUGUUCUGCUGCUGUUCAUUACUCUAUUUGCGCCUUCUGCCAAGUGCCCCAAUUCAAAUAGUACUUUUUCUACAAAUGAGCCUUUUGAUUACCAGACCAUCAGUAUUUCGCUUUGUUCAUUGAUGACCGACAUCACGCGCACACUUUCCUCACGACGUAUUGUGUCAGAAAUGAAUGUUGGAGGAUUGGUGGUUCUUGGCAUGUGUGCCCUUAGCUGGUGGCUGGGACUCAUGCUAAGUACUGGUUACAUCUGGUUUCUGAAGAUCCAGCGCAUUGAGAGAACUCACGACCUGUUUGUGAAGCGGAUGUAUGAGGGAGCAUUUCUGGAACAGUCCAUGUUGCUCAACACACGUUUUGUGGCCAGGGAGAAAAAGAAGGAUGAAGGAUCAAAAGGCCAAGUGACAGUCUAUUUAUGUGCAACAAUGUGGCAUGAGACAUAUGAUGAAAUGAUGAAAAUAAUCAUCUCAAUGUUCAGGCUGGACAAAUUCCGUCCAAAAAUGAACAACCACAAUGAUGCUUUCUUCGAGUUCCAUAUUUACUUUGACGACGCUUUUAAGGAUGUGCAGAAUGGCAAAGUGCGACAUGUAAACGAAUAUGCUGAGAUCCUAGUGGAAGUAAUCAAAGAAGUUUACAUAAUUUUUAGUGAGGACGACCCAUGUAUAUUCAAGAAGAAGCCUCGUCUCCCUCAGCAGAAGAUCAUCAGCACUCCAUAUGGAGGUCGUCUGGAGUACACACUUCCUAAAGGCAACAUAAUGAUGGUUCACUUCAAGGACAAACAGUUGAUUCGACACAAAAAGAGAUGGUCCCAGAUCAUGUACUUAUACUACCUCCUUGGCUGGAGACUCAACAGCAAGUAUUUGAAGAUGUUUGAGCAGGGUGAAAAUGUGGAUGACCUGAGGAAAAGCCUAAAGAAAGAGAAAGAGAACACGUACAUCUUGGCCCUGGAUGGAGACACAGAUUUCCAGCCCUCUGCUGUGAUGUUACUUAUUGACAGACUUAAACUCUACCCAGAGGUGGGCGCUGCCUGUGGCCGGAUUCACCCCACUGGCACUGGGCCCAUGGUGUGGUAUCAGAAAUUUGAGUAUGCAGUGGGCCACUGGCUGCAGAAGACAGCAGAACAUGUGUUUGGCUGUGUGCUCUGUAGCCCUGGUUGCUUUAGUCUCUUCAGAGGUGCCGCCCUCAUGGACGAUAAUGUCAUGAAGAGAUACACCACCAAAGCAACAGAAGCCAGUCACCAUGUACAGUACGACCAAGGAGAGGACCGUUGGCUCUGCACUCUCUUACUGCAGCAGGGUUGGAGGGUGGAGUAUAAUGCUGCAUCGGACGCCUACACCAACGCACCACAGGACUUCAAAGAGUUCUACAACCAGCGGCGGCGCUGGGGGCCCUCCACCAUGGCCAACACCAUUGAUCUGCUUGGCUCUGGGCGCCUGACUGCUCAGCGGAACAGCUCCGUCUCUAAACCAUACAUCCUUUAUCAGGUCAUCAGCAUGGGUGCCUCCAUUUUGGGCCCUGCCACCAUCUGCCUGAUGAUAGCAGGAAGCUUUACUUUCAUAAUGAAUAUGGAACAAAAUGCUGCUCUGAUUGCAGCCACAGUGCCUCCCAUAAUCUACCUGGCACUGUGCUUCAAGCUGAAAGCUGACACACAGAUCCAGAUAGCAGCAGUCAUGAGUGUUCUGUAUGCAUUCCUCAUGACUGGAACGAUUCUCUCUAUCAUAGGUGACAUAGUGAGGAAUCAGACAUUUAUGACCCCCAGUGGCCUGUUUCUGAUUAGCAUGACUCUACUGUACCUCAUCACAGCAGCUCUUCACCCUCAGGAGUUUUCCCUGGUCAUCUAUGGGGUGCUGUAUUUCCUCUGUAUACCCAGUGGCUAUCUCCUGCUUUCUAUUUACUCCAUUGUGAAUAUGAACAAUGUCUCAUGGGGGACACGAGAGACUGGUGGCAAAGUGGAAACUGUAGCAGUGAGCGCCAUCAAGAGGCAGGUCAUACAGGCUGCGUGCUGUAAAUGCCCCUGCUGGAAUAACAGUGAUGCUACAAGUGAAACUGAACCACUACUGAAAUCCAUAGUGUCAGAGGAGCAGGAUCUUGAGGUCCACAUGGAUUCUGAAGAAACUGAGAGGUCAGAUGAACACAUCACACUACAAAUUCUUACUAGAAGCUGGAUUGAAGAUCUGCAAGUAAAAUCUCAUGAUUUUCCACUUCACCAGGACACACUUUCAGAGGAUGAAACUGAGUUUUGGAAAGAGCUGCAGAAACGGUAUUUGGAACCUCUUAGAGAAAACAAAGAGCAACAGGAAAAAGUCGCAGAAGAGCUCAAAGACCUUAGAAAUAAGGUGGCAUUUGUCUUCUUCAUCUGCAAUGCUCUUUGGUUGAUGGCCACCUUGUUCCUCCAAACCAUUGGCAGCGCUGUCAGCCUGCCUAUUCCAAAAGUGUAUCCAAAUGGGACUGUUGCAAAAGGCGAAACAUUUUCUGUUGAUCCAAUAUCACUGAUAUUUCUUCUAAGCUUUGCAUUGCUCCUAUUUAUGCAGUUUUUUGCAAUGCUUUACCACAGAAUCUACACAAUAAUCCAUUUUGUGGCCUACAUUGGCACUGAGACAAAAACUGUUAGGAAAUUGUCAGCUGAAUCCAGUCACAAAAAAAUGGUUCCUGAAUCUUCAGAAAGUAAUGACUGGCACACCACUGGAAAUGGUUUCAUGCAAAUAGAACCCAACUGCUAAAGGAGAGAUGAUAAGUGCAAUCUUAAAACAGAAACCAUGCUUACCUCUAUUGAAGGACACUCUAUUUCUCACUUCUGUCUGUUCAAUGCAUUACUGUACAUAAAAAUACAAGAAACAAAAUAGUAAUUUAAAAUAAAUUUAGUUAGAAUACAAAGCCUAUUCAGUAACCUAAGAUACAGAUGCACCUAGUACAUACUAUAGACUUGGGUACACUAGAAAUCCAUUGCAUAGCGUCUCUUGCUGAUCGUCCUGUUGGCUGUACAGUCAGACGAUGUCUCAUCUGUCCAGUGAAAGCAGCAGACUUUAGCUCUUUUCACCAUGUGCCCCCAUCAAACAUUGUGGUGUAGUGUAUGUUAAGGUUUACACAUACACCAGUACUAGGUAACACAUACACCAGUACUGGCUAUUUACUAACUUUAACUUUAUAAACUUUAUUGAUCCCACAGUGGGGAAAUUCACUUAUCACAGCAGCUCACAGACAGUUAAAGUGCAGGAAGAAAGAAAAGGAAGGAAGAAAGAAAAGUUAAAACUAUAACUAUAUAUGCACCCUUAGGAAUAAUAAAAGAAAUAAAAUUAUAUAAAACUAUAUAAAAUUUAUAAAAAUAUUGCACAGAUGAAUAUCACAGUAAUGCAGUGUUGUAAGAAAUAAAAUUAUAUAAAAUUAUAAAAUAUUGCACAUUUGAACAUUACUGUAAUGCGGUGCUGUAAAGUCUGACAGCCACUGGUAUGAAUGACCUGCGGUAGCGCUCCUUCCUACACUGGGGGUGUAGCAGUCUGCUGCUGAAAGAGCUACACAGGGUCUCCACAGUCCCAUACAGGGGGUGAGAGGUGUUGUUCAUAAUAGAUGUCAGCUUGGCUAACAUCCUCCUCUCACCCACCACCUCCACAGAGUCCAGUGAAUGGAAAAGAGGAUGAGUACGAUGCAGCAGGGAUGCUUCAUAGGCCCAGGACAGAGCUGGCUCUCCUAACCAGCUUGUUCAGUCUCUUCCUGUCCCGCUCUGCACUGCCUCCCACCCAGCAGACUACAGCGUACAGAAUUGCGGAGGCCACCACAGUGUCGUAAAAUGUCCUUAAUAAUGUCCUGCACACUCCAAAGGACCCUAGUCUCCUCAGCAGGUGGAGGCUACUCUGGCCCUUCUUGUACAGAGCAUCAGUGUUAUCCAGCCUGUCCAGUCUAUUGUUUAGGUGGACACCUAGGUACUUGAACCUAUCCACCAGCUCAAUGUCCAAGCCCUGGAUGGUCACUGGUAUGUGGUGCAGUGUUCUCAUUCUCCGGAAGUCAAUCACCAUCUCCUUCGUCUUACUGGUGUUCAAGUGCUGGUCUGGAGUAGGGUGGAGAGGGAGAGCGCUGGGUGGGAGAGGAAGUGGGAACAGAGUCAAAUCUACUUAAUUGAUUGAUAUUAAUAACUUUUCCCUAUUUAUUGAUUGAUUCAUGAUUUCUUUAAUCUAUCUCAUUGUUAAAUGACUCAUUGAUAACUUGACCAUGUUGAAAAUACCAGUAUGUGAAUUUUUGUUUUCCUGCUCUUUUUUUUGCUUAUUAGAAUAAACAAGUCUUCUUGGUUACCAUGUUUUUUGCUUUGUGUUCUUAGAGAUGGAAAUCUAUCUUCUUUCCUAUAUCAUGCCAUUUCAUUCAGAAAUAUGGAGAAAAGCAAAGCACAGGCUUCUCUAACAGAUUACAUGAAAGCAUCAGUUAACAGCAGAAAUUACACCUGAAGCUCCUUAAAGCUACACGUGCCUGCAUGUUGAAGCCAUUCAUUUGCAUACCCAUGAGCCCCCACAUCUGCCUGUUAUUGUGGUAUUUCGUACCCUUGUAUUAUUAGACUAAGUGUUUGCUGUUAAAAAGGAAAUGUUUUGUUGUCAUGCCACUCUACAUUACACCAGCAGCUGUCAAGAGGAGGAACCGAAGGCAAAGCUGGUUGGAAGCAUGGGGCUAGCAAUGGCAUUGGGAAUCACUCCACAAUGUGGCAGUACUUGACAGUGGCCAUGGCUGGAGGAGCUGAGCAGAGCUGGCAGUGAGCAUCAGACAAGUCCAGUAGCAAGCAUUCUGAGCCAGCCUGAAGGGCAGCUGAACUCAUCACUUAGGAGGCCUGAAAAGCAGACAAGAGAGCAACAAGAGACCUCCUGCAAACUGAAUGGCUGCAGAUGCACACUUGAAGUCCAUUACCAGUGCAAGAGUAGUCAUGCUGUAAAAGAGAUAAUUUGCAGUCAGGGUGGGAGGUCAGCUAUGCAAGCAGUCAGGGUGGGGAGUUGGCUAUGCAAGUUCUGGCUCAAUCCCAUUCAGGACCCAUGCAUUGUGCUAGACCAGAUGAUUGGUUCAAGUGAAGCAACCAACUGAGGUGGUUAUACAGGCCCUAUGCUCCAUGCAAUGUUCACAGAGACUAUUAUAGAGCCUGAGGAACAGCUUGUACAAGUUCUCAACAGUCGAGAUCUCAGAUCUCACGUGGCAAUUUCGUAUUUACUUUUGUCUGCUAGACUCUGUUGGUAGGCAGCCAUGAGUUCUAGUACUUCAGAAUUCCAUGCCACUUUUGGUUGCCAGGGUACAAAACUCAAUGGCAUAUUUGGAGAUGCUACAGUUGCCUUGCCAAAUGCAGAGGAGGCCAGAAGCUGCUCCUCUGACACAUAAUAUCCUAUCAAAUGUCUUAUACAUGGCUUAUGGAAAACCAAUGGAGGAACAUUCAGGGGGCUGAUACUCCUUGACCACAGUGGCCCAAGCAAGUGCUCUGCCAGUUAGUAGAGAAAUAAUAUAGACCACCUUGGCAUGCUUAAAAGGGAAAUGAGAUGACUAUUGCCCAAAUGCAAGAGGAAGGCUGACAUCUGCUGGGGUUCUCCUCAUACUUCUUGGGAGUGGGUAAAUAUGAUUCCGUCUGUUCAGGUUCUCAAGAGGAGUGGGCCACAGUGGCUCUACAGCUGAAUGGGCACAUCCCCACAGCCACAUUUCAAAAUGUAGUGUAUUUAUGUUAGGGUUUUGGAUUAGAUGGAGACAUUCUACCUUUGUAUGUUCCUUUUUUCACUUGCCUGUUAACCUUCAUUGUUGUUUUCACCUUCCCCUUUGCUAGACUAUUUAUACCCUCCCUCUUCUUUGUUGAUUGCUGAGUCCUUGUGUUCCUCAUGUGAGUACGUAGCCACUGCCUUUGCCUUUGUUACUAAGUUUAUCUUUUGCUGCCUGCCUUUUUUGACUUUUGGUAUCUUUUAUGUUUUUUGCCUUCUUGGAAUUUUUGGCCUCUUUGGAUCUUUGUAAAUAUUGCCUUAUUACUUUUUUGGACAUACAUUCAUCUGUUUUGAAUCUCUGUUUGCCCUUUUGGGGAAUCUUUCUGAGAGUAGAGAUUUCUUCUGUUUUAUUCCCCCAUCUCUGUCUCCAGGAGUUUCUCUGUAAUUGAUUGCAGCCUAGCCUGUUGAGCAGUGGUUAAGUUGUUGUCAUCAUCAUCACCACCACGACCAGGGUUUGAGUCCCAUCCAGGAUCACCAAUCCUUACAGCAGGCCCAACCAUCAAGAUGGACCCAGCAGAGCAGUACUCCCCAGAAACCACCGUCCUUAACCAGCUUCAAUUUGCACUGGCCAAUCAAGGGACCACAAUGCGAAAAUGAGCAACAGCAUUGGCUGAGCAAGGAGUAGCGACACUGCUGUCCCAGAUCUUGCAAUACUUGUGGGGUUCUCUACACAUAUUGAUCAACAGGCCCCAACACCCUCUAACCCAGCCCUACCCCCCAGGACUCCCUAGCUCUGGCACAAGCCCAAGCUCUACCAAUCCCCACAGCUGGGCCACACCUACCUGCCCCUCAAAGGUUCAAUCGGAGGGUUCUGUGGUUUUCUGACCGAAUGUUCCCUCACCUUUGAGCUCCAGGCAGCCAUCUUCCCUUCUCACUGGUCAAAGCAGCAGGGUCUCCUGUGCUUCAACUAGCAUGCGUUCACAGAGGAGAUGAGAAGGGUCCUUGACCAUCAAGUCAGUGGCCGGGAAGCUGCCAAACAACUUCUCCAGCUCUGUCAAGGCAGUAGUAGUGUGACUGAAUAUAACAUUGUCUACUGUACGCAUUCCAGAAUGGUCUCUCAGACCCCAUCAAGGAUGAGCUGCAGAGAGGGACUUGAACACAUUGCUUGACCUCUCAAUUUGGCUGGACAACCAACUCUGUGAGAGACAAGGGGAAUGCCGUUCUUCAGCUUGUUCUCUCGAGAUCAGGUCUUGGACCUCGUCACUAGAUGGCCCCAAGCCUCCAAUUCAUCAAAGGAGACCCAUACAGAUGGGAGGAACAUGACUUUCCCAGACCAAGAGGAGCUAGCGCAUACGAGUGAAGUGUUGUCUCUAAUUGGGAAUGCCGUUCUUCAGCUCGCCCUCUCAAGAUCAGGUCUUGGACCUCGCCUCUAGAUGGCCCUCAAGCCUCAAAUUCAUCAGAGGAACCCAUGCAGUUGGGAGGGACAUGUCUUUCCCAGACCAAGAGGAACUAGUGCAUACAAGAGAAGUGUUGUGUCUACUGUGGGAAACCAGGUCACUUCAGCUCCACUUGCCAGGAGUUAUCAGGAAAAGCCAAGUCCCACCCAGAGUGGGGAGGUGGGCAACAAAAUCACUGGUGGACUCUGGCACUGCCAGCAACUUUUUGAACUUGUUCCUCGCCAAGAAUCUCCAAUUCCCCCUGGUCAACAUUGAGCCAGCCUUAACAGUUACUGCCCUGGAUGGAAGACCUCUGGGCAAUGGUCGUGUUCACCACCUCACCGCUCCUGUAAGCCUGUCCAUCAAUAACCACCAAGAGAAUUUGCAGUUCCACCUUAUUCAUUCUCCAGAGUUUCCUAUUGUCCAGGGCAUCCCAUGACCUACACCCUCUUCUGUGAAAGAAGUUCAGCAUUUUCCGGGCUUUGCGAACUUUUACCGGUGGUUUAUUCGCAGUUUCAGCUCUGUAGUGGCACCUUUCAUGGCCCUGACUAAGAAAUCCUUCUCCUGGUUCAUCUGGACCUCCAAAGCAGAGGAGGCCUUUUCAAGACUGAGCGCUGGGUGAGUGGAGAGCUUUCCUUAAACAAACCCAGGCAGAGAUGGAGCUGAUUGCCACCAGUUUAAUUAAGAAGGUGCUCUCUGCUUCCCUCUGGUGGCAGAAGCCAGUCUACCAAUGCUAGCACUAGGCCGAGUCAGCUGUCCCCUUGCAGUAUUUGCUGUUAAUAAGGAAAUUUAUUCUAAAAAGGAAAAUUGUUUUGUUGUCUGUGACCUUCCAUGUUAUACCAGUACAUUUGUUACAUGUUUGAUGUUUGUUUAUGUUCACCGUCACUGGGGGAACAGUGGGUUGUUUUCACCCAAGCCAGUUUUCCCUAGCCUAGUCUGCUCUUGGCUAACCACUGUAUUCUGGCUAACCACCACAUUCUGUUGGUGUUUCUGUUCUAAAUGUGUGUUGCUAGACUCCUGAAACUUUUGGCACACUAAUCUUUCAUUUUAAAGUCCAACAACUUAUUGGAAAACACUUAAAUAUAAUUUUACACUAUAUAAUUACCUAUUAAUUACAGCAAGAAUUCUUUCUUUAAUUACCCUCUUUGGAAGUAAUUUACUGAAGUAAAUUUGCCUUCAUGAGAACAAAAAAAUUAUUCUGUGG